CUAGUCUCCCCCAUCCUUUGUGAAAACCUCAAGACAUCAGUCGUCAGCGCUUAGUCUGUUGAAUUGGCCGGCUAUUGAACCAUGCCCCAGCCCGGGCCCCAGGACAGCUGAGGCCACAGAGAGGAGCACAUCUUUGGGAAAUAGGGCCUUGGCAAAACAGACUUUAUGUAUUGUGAUUUUUCCGCUGCAGGAUAGAAGGAGUGAGUGGAGGGGAGCACCUGAGAAGACUGGGACAAAGAGACAGAGAGAUGACUCCUGAGCUGUGCAGCUCGGUGAAGACGCAACACAACACACACGUGAAACUAUAACUGAAGGAAACACACCCCCACUACUGGUAACAAAAGAAAGGGAGGGCUGGGGGGACCUGGAGGGAGCACCAGUAGCUGUCCAUCUAGCCAUUUAACCAGCCAGCAGCAAUGCAGGGGCUGUUGUGGAGCCUGUGCACCCUGCUCUGCCUCUCCCUCUGGGAGGAAAGUUACUGCAGGAGCUCCAGGGAAGCCCGGAGGACCAAAGAGCUUUCUCUCCACAGGAGUAAAAGAGCCCCCAUCGACCCUGAUGCCAAAAAGUGUUCCUACACCUUCCUGGUUCCUGAGCAGAGAAUCACAGGUCCAAUCUGUGCCAGCACCACAGGCCCAGAGCCAGACAAGGACAGAGUGACCCGUAUAGACAUUUCAGAUGUGCGGGAGGUGCUCAGCAAACAGCGGCGUGAGAUUGAGACGCUGCAGCUGGUGGUGGAUGUAGAUGGUAAUUUGGUGAAUGAGAUGAAGCUGCUGCGGAAAGAGAGCCGGAACAUGAACUCCAGGGUGACCCAGCUCUAUAUGCAGCUGCUGCAUGAGAUCAUCAGGAAAAGAGACAACUCUCUGGAGCUGGCCCAGCUGGAGAACCGCGUCCUCAAUGUGACUUCUGAGAUGAUGCGACUGGCUUCGAGGUACAAGGAGCUGGAGGCCAGGUUUGCCACAAUGGCCGGGGUGGUCAACAACCAGUCCGUUCUCAUCUCGGCACUGGAGGAGCAGUGUCUGAGGACACUGGGACGCAGUGAGCUGCCCGUAGUUCCCCCACUGGUACAGGUGGUACCGCAGAAUCUACCAGUUAACAACCGUUUCACCAAUGAGAUACAACGGGACAAUAACAACCGGGCCUUUCCCAGAGGAUCACGCAUGGACUCUCCUACUGCAAGCCCAUUUGGGAUUGACCCUCCACCGCCACAGGGAACACUUACCUCUGAUGGUCCUUUCAAAGACUGUUACCAGGUGCGACAGGCAGGUCACACCACCAGUGGGAUGUACCUGCUUAAGACAGAUGGCAGUGAUCGGUUGAUCCAAGCCUGGUGUGAACACGGCCUUGAUAACGGAGGAUGGACAGUGUUGCAAAGGAGGAGAGAUGGCUCCGUUAACUUCUUUCGGAACUGGGAGAACUACAAGAAAGGAUUUGGAAACAUAGAUGGUGAAUACUGGCUUGGGCUGGACAAUAUUUACAACCUGGGGAAACAGGGCGACUAUAAGCUGAUGAUAGAGCUGGAGGACUGGACGGGGAAGAAAGUGUACGCCGAGUACAGCAGCUUCCGCCUGGAGUCAGAGAGCGAGGGUUAUCGGCUGAGGCUCGGCACCUACCAGGGCAACGCCGGGGACUCCUUCAGCAGUCACAACGGCAAACAGUUCACCACGCUCGAUCGCGACAAGGAUGCAUUUACUGGUAAUUGCGCCCACUUCCAUAAGGGUGGCUGGUGGUACAAUGCUUGUGGCCAGACCAACCUGAACGGUGUGUGGUACAGCGGGGGAGUUUACCGCAGCAAAUUUCAGGACGGAAUCUUCUGGGCAGAGUACGGAGGAGGCUUCUACUCCCUCAAGUCAGUCCGUCUCAUGAUCCGACCAAUCGACUGAAACAUCGGACUUUGGUUCCCUUCAAAUGCACCUCAGUUCCCUCCUUAUCUUUAUCUACCCACAAACAAAGACUCUAAGGCAGAACCAGGAGCCCCUGCCAUUGUACAACAGUGCCAUGUAAAAUACAAAGGAGGAAGAGACGGUGGCAUGCGUUUAUGGCCAGACAAUAAUGACUCCAGCAGUCUAAGCAGCGACUUGCUUCCAAGUUGACUUUGAGAUGAAGACUGCUAUUGCCCUUCUGUAGUAAUUGCUCUCCUCCACCUUUCAGUCUGGAAAGUAGUGGUCCAUCAAGCUCCCUGGAACCAUUAAGUAUUACUCUAAAGUGUCCUCUUUUACUCACUCUUGUUGAAACUCAGUAUGUAAUAAAAGGGAAAUGGUCAUUUAAGACAUGAGAUUUCUUCCGAGCAGCUAAUCGUGACUUAUUGAAAGUCGUGUCGCCCGUACCAAAGGGUAUCGGAUGCGGUUGGAUGACCACAGUCGUAACAGAUGUAAUGGGAGGUUUAACCAUGAAAGCAUGAAUAAUUAUGACAUUUAAAGUUGUGUUGCCAGUUAGAAUCCCUUACAAUCAAACGCGUACUGUCUAAUGGUUUCUGGGUUUUGUCUGGACUUCAGGGGACUCCUCCAACCCAAACCGAAAAUGAACUUGUACAACAGUGUGCUUGUCCAAUGUGCAUAUGGCUGAGCUGGUUUUGGUAUGUAAAUAUCUUUGGCUUUAUUUGUGAAAGGUAAUUUAAGAGGUGUUAUUCUACUCCGGCCGAAUGUUCACAAUGUCUCUGCCAUUCUUUGUUAUUUAUCAGUGUAUUUAUGGUAAGUAUAGUCAUGGCCUUUUUAUAUCUAGCCCUGUAACAAAACAAUUCUUAACAUUUCUUAUCCCAUGUAAAGAUACAUUAAUGACAAUUGAACAGAAGCACACACACACCCAGAGUGGAUGUCUAGUUGAAAAUAUGAGACAGUGCCUGUUUUCAUCAAAUUAAAUUCUUUUGUAAACAUUGAA